CAUUAUAACCCAUCAAUAUCUUGAUUGUGUCGUUCCCUUUAAAAAAAACAAACAAACUGGAUACCGAGCUUCCGGUUUCGCUGGUCCGUCCGAGAAAUUGCUCCGUGAACCAAUGUAGGAGAAGAAGAAGGGUUAUGGCAACAAUGAUUGAGGAAAAUGGUCCUUCGACUCAUGAGCAGUCUGAAGUGUCCUCAUCGUCCAAGGCCAGGCAGAAACUAGAGGGGCUCCUGAACAAGAACAUGAGGAUCCGCAUGACAGACGGACGGACCCUGGUGGGUCUUUUCCUCUGCACAGACCGAGACUGCAACGUGAUCCUCGGAUCAGCUCAGGAGUUCCUCAAAUCCACAGACACAUUCUCCCAGGGCGAACCAAGAGUCCUGGGGCUGGCUAUGAUCCCCGGGCACCACGUGGUAUCCAUCGAGGUGGAGGCCGACAGUCUGGAAGACGCACAGGGAUUCGGAGCGAACCAUUGAUGAAGCUUUGCCCCGUUCGGACGACACCCAGCAGCCACUCUGACUGUCUCUCGGUGAGCCAGCUGUACGGCUGCAGCUGAGCUCAAAGCAGAGCGGACGUCUUUGAUGGAGGAUUCGAUCAGUUCACCUCUACAGACGCAGAACUCCUGUCUCGGUAUUCUGGAUUCAGCCAUUCCCUCUAUGCUUGAAGAUGUGUCCAUUUGCGGCGACAGCUGUUCAGUACAGCAUGCGUGUAAAACUACCUGAGUGUGCCAUGUGUGUAUGAGAAGGUGUGGGCAAGCAGCAGCUACCUGGAUGAGUGUGGAAAUGUUGUUUCAGUUGCAGCAAACGCCUUUUGUUUCGUGUUUUAAAAAUCUGUGGCUGUAUUUGAGACUUUAUGUCUGACAUUGGCAAAAAUCAAUAGAAAGUUGACUGAAAUCAUCGCUUCUAUUUUGGCCCUUUUCCAAGUGUUGUAUAUAAUGACGUGUCAGGUGCUACAUGUUUAUUAAAAGGGGAACCAAUUUUACAGCCAAUUUGCAUUGUGGGUAACGUAGGCGCCAGUUCUUGACAAGAAUAUGUGGAAUAAAAUAUUUUUCGGGGGUUUUGCUGCA